CGAAGUUUCUUGGAAACAUGUAAACAAUCCGGUAGUUUCCAUGUGCACGUGUGGUUUGUUUUGUGGUUAGCAUGGCAACACUUUUCCAGGACAAAACCCUCCUCAACAGUGAUUGGAAAGAGGUGAACGCAAAUGAUGCCCUCAAGGAUAAAGUUGUUGCCAUCCUCUUCGCUGCUUCCUGGUGUCGCCCAAGUGUCGAUUUCAUCAAAGUGCUGGCAGGUCUUUACGGAGAACUCAGGCAGAGGUUCGCUCCGUUAGAAAUUGUCUUCGUCUCCUCCGACAAGACGAAACAAGACAUGGAGGAGUUUUAUCUUGGUUGCCAUGGAAACUGGUUGGCGUUGGAUCAUGAUGACCCCUUUGGAGAUUUCCUGCGUCAACAAUACAACAUCACUGCCAUCCCAAAAUUAAUCGUCAUCAAAGCCUCCGGUGACGUCAUCUCGCAGAAAGGGCGUAAGGACAUCCAAGAGAAGGGCACCACGUGUUUCAGAGUCUGGGCAGCCGGAGCAAAUGUGGCAGACUGGGAGAAAAUCGCACUGAGAGAGCGGUCCCGGAGUGCAAUUUCUUCCAAGUCCCAAGAUGAAAAUAACGAAACAGAGACAGUGGCAACUGAAUGACGAUGGCGUGUAACUUUGAAAUUGUUGGUUCGUCCAAUUAGGAUAAGGACUGACUAAAUUCUGUCACCUUUUAAAAGCUUAUCGAGUUGUUAUCAAGUUAUAGUUGUAUGUGAUUUUAGGACUGAUUAAAGAGAGUUACGUUUUCCUGUA